GAAGCUCCAGCGGGACUCGCAGCCGCUCCGGCACUUGCUUGAGCCACAACUUACAAGAAACUGUGAAAUACGUGUAGCACAGAGUUAUGUGCUUCACACCGUUCCCUCCGAUGAGGCAGCGCGCUGUCCUAUUUCCCGUCAGUCACAGGCCGGCCUCCGCCAUCAUGCACAACUCCACCUCCAACACCAACCAACUUGGAAGCCCUCCGCGCAAGGCGCAUUGCCGUUUAUUGGCGAUCGAUCUGUCACAUGGCGGCCAGCGUGCACAACCACAACCACAUCCACAUCCCCGGUCCCCAGUCGGGCUUCCGUCCUCGCCCUGGCCACCAUUAUUGGUGAAUUGCUCCCUUCUUCACAUCACCCGCAACCCUCGAUCCCUGCGGUGCAGGCCUGUCUGUGUCCGAGUCCGAGUCUGCAGACGAAGAGGAGAGGAAGAGGAAGAGGAAGGCAAGCCGCUCGGGCGUUUUCACUCGGUACUACCCUGGCGGCUCAUUUUCUCCAGCUUUCCUCCCCACAAAACCUCGCUAUUAAAACACCGAGCCCUCGUCCACAACUCCACCGAAAAAGAAACACAUUUGGCUUGGGACCUGCGCGUCGCGUCCACUUCCGAUGGAUGUCAAACAUUCGCCCGAAGCUUCCAUGCGCUCGGGGGGGACCCAGCCCGACAGUGACGACGAAAACGCCUACAGUGAGGACGACAGCGGCGGUGGAGAAAAUGGCGAAAGGCCCCGCAAGAGACAGCGGCGGCCUAUGUCUGUAUCGUAAGCAUUAUGCCCUCCCCAACAGAUAAUGGGCUUCAUUCUGGCUCUCCUUCACCAAUCGCAGAUCAAGGGGACGAUGGCGAUGCUGCGAAUAAUGAUCAGGGACAGAAUUGGCUAACCAUUCGUCGAAGGUGUGAGCUCUGCAAGCAAAGAAAGGUACGC